AUGGCAAGCAACAUUCUUCUACUAACUUUGCUGGUUGUUACUUGCACUACCUUAUAUGCCUUUGAGCCUAGCCCUUUGCAGGAUUUCUGUGUUGCUGAUCCUUCUAGUUCAGCAAGAGUUAAUGGCCUUGCCUGCAUGGACUCUAAGCUUGUUCAAGCUAAUCAUUUCUCCUUCAGUGGCCUCCAUCUUGUUGGCAACACCUCGAACCCCCUCGGCUCUAAGGUGACACCCGUUACAGUGGCACAAUUACCUGGCCUCAACACCCUUGGCAUCGCUUUGGCACGCUUAGACUAUGCACCAUGGGGUCUUAUUCCUCCUCACAUGCACCCUCGUGCCACCGAGGUGCUGACAGUAUUGGAAGGCAGCCUUGAGGUUGGUUUUGUGGCCUCCAAUCCAGAAAACCGGUUCAUCUCAAAAGUCCUUCAAAAGGGUGAUGUGUUUGUCUUCCCAGUAGGACUUCCUCACUUCCAAAGAAAUGUGGGAUACGGAAAUGCUGUUUCACUCUCUGCUUUGAGCAGCCAGAACCCCGGUAUCAUCACUGUCGCCAAUUCUGUGUUUGGAUCAAAUCCAUCCAUCUCUGGUGAUGUUCUUGCAAAGGCUUUCCAGGUGGACAAGACAGUCAUUGAUCAACUUCAAUCAAAAUUCUAA